AACAAUUUGUGGCGUACGAGAAGUGAAAAAGUGAAACACCAAACUUUUACGUUUUGGGAAGUUCUUCGAAGUGCAACGGUGAAUCCGGUGAAGCGACUGCGGGGAGUGCGAUUUUCUUUUUCCUUUCAGCGUGCGUGCGUUUGUAUGUGUGCCGUUCUUGAUGGUGUGCAGUUUAGUGGUUAAUCUGUGAACGUGUGCAGCAGCAGUGUGCCAGUGGCGUGAAAUAGAUAGCUAGAUAGAGAGAGUGAGAGCGAGAGAGUGGUCCUUCAUCGAAACGGAGCACAGCAUUUUGGCGUGAAUUCGGCCAACCAACGCCAGCAAGCGCUACAAUCAUGGGGAACAUACAUACCGUCGGACCUAAUGAGGCCCUCAUCGUAUCAGGUGGAUGCUGUGGCUCGACGAAGAAGCGCACCAUCGUCGGCGGCUGGGCCUGGGCCUGGUGGCUGGUGACCGAUGUGCAGCGGCUGUCGCUCGAGGUGAUGACGCUCAACCCGAUGUGCGAGAUGGUCGAGACGGCCCAGGGUGUCGCCCUGACCGUGACCGGCGUGGCACAGUGCAAAAUCAUGAAGGCCGACGAACUGCUCGGUACCGCCAGCGAACAAUUUCUCGGCAAAACGGUGAAGGACAUCAAGGCGACAAUCCUGCAAACGCUCGAAGGUCACCUACGCGCCAUCCUCGGAACGCUUACAGUCGAGGAGGUGUACAAAGACCGCGACCAGUUCGCGGCCCUGGUGCGCGAGGUUGCGGCUCCUGACGUUGGGCGGAUGGGCAUCGAAAUACUGUCCUUUACGAUCAAGGACGUGUAUGACGAUGUGCAGUACUUGCAGUCGCUUGGUAAGGCGCAAACGGCGAGCGUGAAGCGGGACGCCGACUCCGGUGUGGCCGAAGCGAACCGGGACGCCGGCAUCCGGGAGGCCGAGUGCGAGAAGAGCGCGAUGGACGUGAAGUACUCGACCGACACGAAGAUCGAGGACAACGCCCGGAUGUACAAGCUGCAGAAGGCGAACUUUGAUCAGGAAAUCAACACUGCGAAAGCCGAAUCACAACUAGCGUACGAGCUGCAGGCGGCCAAAAUUCGCCAGCGGAUCCGUAACGAGGAGAUCGAGAUCGACAUUGUCGAGCGCCGCAAGCAGAUCGAGAUUGAGACGCAGGAAAUCAACCGAAAGGAUUGCGAGCUGUCGGCCACCGUGAAGCUGCCGGCCGAGGCGGAAAGUUACCGCGUGCAGACGAUUGCCGAGGGCAAGCGCACGCAGACGGUGGAGAAUGCCCGGGCCGAGGCGGAGCGCAUCAAGAAGAUCGGAUCGGCCGAAGCGUACGCCAUCGAGCAGGUGGGCAAGGCCGAGGCGGAGCGGAUGCGCAUGAAGGCGAACGUCUACAAGAUGUACGGCGAUGCUGCGAUUAUGAACAUUGUGCUCGAAUCACUACCGAAGAUUGCUGCCGAAGUUGCCGCACCGUUAGCGAAAACGGAAGAAAUCGUCCUGAUCGGCGGCAACGACCAGACAACGGGCGAUGUGACGCGCCUCGUCGGGCAGCUACCACCGGCCAUCAACGCGCUCACCGGCGUCGACCUCUCGAAGGUGCUGGGCAAGAUUCCCGGUGCGAAAGCAUAAUAAACGGCCACCGGAACCACUCCGAGGGCGCGAGGGGCCGGGACAAACCGGUGCCAGCCGAACAUUGGACGAACCGAACGAAGCGAACGAACGAAAAGCCAAUGCCGUGUCGAGAGCCGCCUAAAACUCACUUUUCACUCACUUACAUCCUUUUCGCUUCGGCUACACUCUUUAACGAUAAUAUCCUAGGAAAUUCGAUUCCCGAACCUUUCGUACCCGCGUUGCGUGUGCCGUCUACGAACGCGAGAUGGGUUCACAAAUUACACACUUGGCCUCAAAUUAACACAGGUGACCACAAGAUUGCAAUGCUCCUCAUUCUAGUACGAUAUUAUGGCGUUUAGGUAAUUGUUUCAAUCCUAUCAUGAUUUCAACACAUUGUGUUUGUUAUUUACUGUAGUGUGUUUCUUUUGUUACGUUUACCUUCAAUCGAUCGUACGGCGAUUGAGUGGUUCAACGGUUGACGAUCGUUCGCCUGUCCUUCGACCACACAGAACAUCAUCAGACGGCGACGACGGACAUUUAGCAGUUAAGACUCGUACCCCAACGUACACCCGUGUUUAUGAUAAUUCCAUUUUGUAAGCCUCCGGACCUCAGCGUUCAUAGAGUUAAUUCCAAGACCAUCCAAUCGAUAGGUGCACUACUUCGGAACGAGCGUAAACCGUUCGAAUUUAAGGUUUACUAAAAAAAUAUUACAACAAAUUUACUCAUCAACACCAAGCCAGUUUAUGGAUGGCCAGUUUCAAUGGCAUUGUUUACAUACUUAUACUUUAACCGAUAUAUUCGCGAUCCGCAUACGAAUACUUUGCCGAAAAACACGUAAAUGUGCUACAGAACCUGUAAUUCUGUACAUAUUUACGAGUGGGCGCAAAGCAAAGGAAAUCGUGAUCGUGACUACUACCCUUCGGACACCGCGCUCUUAUCGCGCUCGUAACAGUUUAGUUGAAGGUUGAGGGUUUAUCUUUAAGUUCUGUUGAUUCUUUACAGUAGCAAUUGUUUAUUAUAUUCUAUAGGCCUAAGUUUUGGAAACGGAUUACUUUUACUAUAUUAUAUAUUAUACUUUCAAUAUACGUUCGGUGAUCGUUUGAUAACUACCAGAGCAUGGGUCCCUUGCAAAAUGAUAUUCUUCAAUUUAGAAUAAUGUUUCAGAACCAAAAGGAUCACCACUGUUUGCCCAAUCUGGUUUGACCCAAAUCCGUAUAAUACGUGCUUCUAGCUGAGCCACUCAGAUGAGAUAAUUAAAACACAAAUUUGAGUCUCGAGGUAACCAAACUAUUUCAAAACGGGAGUGAAACUUAACAC